AUGCUAGGCACACCGGUUCUCCUCCGGUGGGCAAUGAAAACACGAGGACCGAUGGGAAAAACUCUUCGAAUCGUUCUCGGCUCUCUUGUCUUCUUCUUUAUAAAUUUAUCGAUAAUUUAUUACUAUGUGCAAAUCGAGAAACCAAGCGAUCAAUCGGUGAUACAAGAGAGAGCGAAUGAGAAACUGCAUGAGCAACUACAAUGUGUGCUCGAUGGAAGCAAUGAACUAGCAAAAAGCGCUCUGAAUAGGGCGGCGUGUCGACUUCAGAAUGGUUCAUUUCAUGAAACGAUGCCGCUGAGUGGAUGUCAUAAUUAUGAUACAUCCCUAGCUGGUGUGAGCAUGGGAUGUUUCUAUGAUCAAAGCUCGAAUCGACAGCUAAAGGGUCAUCAAUAUGAUUUUGCUGACAACACCAGGGACAAAUGCGAAAGUCACUGCUAUCGAGCUGGUUUUUUGUAUUACGGAGUCGAAUACGGGAAAGAGUGCUUUUGUGGAGAUGAUUUUGAUGCUCAAUAUAUUAUUGAACGGUCUAAAUGUAAAGAAUACAAUUGCACUGGAGAUGAUUCACAAAAAUGUGGCGGGUUUGACGCUAUUGAUAUCUACAGAACGGGUUUAAUUAUCAAAGCAGCUCAACUAACGAGGCGACCCUUGUACUUGGAGGUUGAACGACUAAAAGAAAAACCGACAAAAGCACGUAUUUUAUUUGUCUUGCAAUUGAAUGGACGAAAUAUUCGACAGGUUCAACGUUUAUUGAAAUCAAUCUACUCGCCAAAUCACUUUUAUUACAUUCACGUUGAUAAACGACAAAUCUACAUGUUGAGUAAAAUGCGAGAUCUUGCUGCUCGUCUAGCAAAUCUCUACGUGGAACCUGAAGGUCGGAGUACAAUUUGGGGUGGAGCUUCACUACUUGACAUGAUCACUGAUGCAAUUCGUACGACCAUAAACAUUCCAAACUUUUCUUCUUGGGAUUACCUCGUCAACUUGUCCGAGUCGGAUUUCCCGGUGAUGUCGCUAGCCGAAUUGGAAACACAGCUCACAUUGAACAAUGGACGUUCAUUUUUGGCAAGUCAUGGCUACAAUACGGCUCGCUUCAUUCAAAAGCAAGGAUUCGAUUAUGUCUUUGUUGAAUGCGAAGAAAGAAUGUGGAGAGUUGGCAAGAGAAACGAAUUCCCGCGUGGCUUGCGAAUUGACGGUGGAUCGGAUUGGGUCAUUUUACACAAGGAUUUCGCCAAAUAUUCCAUUUCGAACGAGGAGUUGCCACAAAAGUUGCGAACACUCUUCUCAAGCAUCAUCCUUCCCGUUGAAAGUUUUUAUCACACGUUAGCUGCAAAUUCAAUGUAUUGCGAUCAUGUGGUGACAGGGAAUUUGCGAUUAACGAAUUGGAAUCGAAAACAAGGAUGUCGAUGUGCGUCUUUGAAAAAGGUUGUCGAUUGGUGCGGAUGUUCACCGCUAGUGUUCACAAAAGAUACAAUUCAUAAGUUUGAACUUGAGAAAGCCAAAGAGAAAGUCUACUAUUUGGCUAGGAAAUUUGAAAACUUGAUUGACGUGGAUGCGAUUGCUGCAGCUGAAGCACAAGCGAUGAGAGAUCGCUCUCAUUUGCUUAACACCAAUUCGAAAGCCUUCAACACAUCGCAUGUCAACCUUUACGAGGCUGGCUUUGAUGGAUAUUCUGAAUCUUACACUUUAUUGACGCAACGUCUUUUUUCGAUGGCAAAAUUGGGCUCAUUAUCCUUCGGUUCACUGCGUUCCAUUCAUGUUUAUCGAGAACAUUUCGAAGCAAACUGGCAACUCGUUUUCACUGUUUUGACGACUCAUGGGCAAACGAUUGAACUUCUUGCUCAGCGGAUACAUGAUACGCUGAUUGAAGAACAACCAAUUGUUAAUGGGUACAUUUUGAGAAGCAUACGAAUAGGAGUUUCAAUCGAUCACAAAGAAGAGAUUUUCCGAGGUUAUACCGGAUAUGUUGAUCAGACUGGAUCUCCAACAAUUCUUCUCCAAUGGGAACGAAUGAGUGACUUGCCGACAAGUAUUCCCGAGAAUAAGACUUCGCCUGCAAUUCAGAUCAUAUGGAAAGAUCAAACUGGUCACAACAAACUGGAAUUUGGACUGCUACAAUUACUGAUGGUAGUCGAGCGAUUGGGCGAGUUCGAUUCCCCACUUUUCGACUCGAGUGUUAAGGAAGACUUUUUCCAAAUGGUGGCCAAGUUCUAUCGCCUCGUUGCCUCAUGCUCAUCUCCUGUGGAGUGCAGUGGUUCACUAUGGAGUACCUAUUAUCCGGAUCCAAAAUCCGACAUUCUUGUCGGUUACGAUGAACGACUCGGGUACCUAGUG